UUCCACGGAAAUAUAAUAAAUCUAGAAGAUGAGCAAAGUCGUUAUCAAGAGGAAAAACGACAAAACCAUAAUGAUGACUGAAGAGUAUGUAAAAAGGCCAGAAAGAGCCAUGUGUUAAAUGCAAUCGUCCGCCAAACUCUUUCCUUUCACACAAAGAAGUCUUUACCGACUCAGAUAAGCCAAGAAAAACCCAAACCAAACCAAACCCCAAUCUUGUCCGUCCGGCAUGUCGUCGGAGCCGUUUUUCCGGCCAGUUAUUCAAACCCUUUUCGUCCUUCUCUUCUCUUUCCUUUCUCUUGCGUCUUCAGAUGAGCUUCAAGCCCUUCUCACCCUCAAAUCUUCCUUAAAAGACCCGUCCAACACUUUGGUGUUUGAUUCUUGGAAUGCAAACAAUUCCACGUGCAACUUCUCAGGAAUCACUUGUGACCUCACCACGAAUCUCGUCACGGAAAUCGAGCUAUCCAAUCACAAUCUCUCCGGUUCAGUCCCUUUUGAUGCAAUUUGUGGGCUUCAAUCCUUGGAGAAGCUUUCCUUGGGGUUUAAUUUCUUGUCCGGACAGGUUAUAGAGGACUUGAACAAAUGUGUCAGUUUGAAGUACUUGGAUUUGGGGAACAACUUGUUUUCCGGUCCGGUUCCAGAUAUCUCAUCACUCAGCCAGCUCAUGUAUUUGUACAUGAACAUGAGCGGAUUUUCUGGUACUUUUCCUUGGAAAUCCUUAGACAAUAUGUCUAAUCUUGUGGAAUUGAGCCUUGGAGACAACCCUUUUGAUAGAACUCCAUUUCCUAAUGGAGUGCUUAAACUUACCAAAUUAACUGUGCUUUAUUUGAGCAAUUGUAGUAUUGAAGGGACGAUUCCACCCGGAAUUGGAAACCUUACUGAGCUAACUGAUUUGGAAUUGGCUCAGAAUUUUCUAACUGGUAAAAUCCCUGUUGAGAUUACCAAGCUUCAAAAGUUAUGGCAGCUUGAGCUUUAUAUGAAUGAAUUGACCGGUGAAUUGCCGGUGGGAUUUGGAAACUUGACCAAUCUCCAAAGAUUCGAUGCAUCAACGAAUUUUCUUACCGGAAAUCUUUCAGAAGUGAGGCUAUUGAGCAAAUUGACGAGCUUACAGCUCUUCGAGAAUGAAUUUACAGGGGAGCUUCCACCGGAGCUCGGAGAUUUUCAGCAUUUGGUUAAUUUCUCUGUGUACAGAAACAAGCUUUCUGGACAAAUUCCUCAGAAUAUUGGUUCAUCAUCGCAGUUCAACUUCAUUGAUGCAUCGGAGAAUUUCUUCACCGGUUCAAUCCCGCCGGACAUGUGCAAACAGGGGACCAUGACAGAGCUUCUGAUCCUGCAGAACAACCUCACCGGAAAAAUCCCAGAAAGCUAUGCAAAUUGCUUGACCUUAACUCGUUUUAGGGUCAGCAAUAAUUCGCUUUCUGGGGAAGUUCCAAGAGGGAUUUGGGGACUACCGAAUUUAGGAAUGAUUGAUGUUGCAAUGAAUGAUUUGGUUGGCCCUGUUACUUCUGAUAUUGGAAAAGCCACUUCCUUAGCUCAGUUGCUUCUUUCUGAUAACAAAUUUUCAGGGGAGCUUCCAUCGGAAAUUUCCAAGGCUAAUCAAUUGGUUUCACUUGAUCUAAGUGGAAAUCAGUUCUCUGGAGAAAUCCCAUCCACAAUUGGCGAUUUAAAGCAGUUGGAUAAUCUGUAUCUCCAAGAUAACACAUUUUCUGGUUCAAUACCAGAUUCUUUGGCUUCUUGUGACUCUUUGACUAUUAUUAAUCUGGCUCAUAAUCAUCUUUCUGGGCAGAUUCCGGUUAAUCUUGGAUCACUGUCAACCUUGAAUUCCCUGAAUCUGUCAGACAAUCAACUCUCCGGCCAAAUCCCAUGGAGUUUGUCGUCUCUGAAGUUGAAUGUUCUUGAUCUUUCGAACAAUAAAUUGAGUGGUCUUAUACCUGAGACUCUUUCAAUUGAUGCCUACAAUGGUAGCUUUUCUGGAAAUAAUGGUCUCUGUGGCAACAACCUCAACAACUUCCCUAAAUGUUCAGCAGGCUCUGGAGAUUCAAAAGAGCUCAGAAAGCUUCUAAUAUGCUUUUUGGGACUGGGAAUUGUUGCCAUGUUAGUUUGCCUAGCAUGUUUCUGGCACCUGAAAAAGAAGAGCCUGAAGGGUCAAAAUCGGUCUUGGAGGGAAAACUCAUGGGACAUGAAAUCAUUCCAUCUUUUGUCCUUUACAGAAGAUGAUAUUCUUGAUGGAAUCAACCAGGAUAAUUUGAUUGGAAAAGGUGGUUCUGGGAAUGUUUACAAAAUUUCCCUUGAAAAUGGCAAUGAUUUGGCAGUCAAGCAUAUUUGGAAUUCUGACCCUGAUAGCAAGAAAAAAGAGGAAAGCACAACUACUAUGCUGCCAAAAGGUAGUAGGAAAUUAUCAGAAUUUGAGGCUGAAGUCCAAACUUUGAGCUCCAUUAGGCAUGUUAAUGUGGUCAAAUUGUACUGCUGCAUAACUAGUGAGGACUCAAGCUUGUUGGUGUACGAGUACAUGCCGAACGGGAGUCUAUGGGAUCGAUUGCACACGAGUAACAAGUUGGUUCUUGAUUGGGAAACUAGGUACGAGAUAGCUUUAGGCGCGGCGAAAGGGUUGGAGUAUUUGCAUCACGGCUGUGAUCGCCCGGUCAUCCACAGGGAUGUUAAGUCCAGCAACAUCUUGUUGGAUGAGUUGAUGAAGCCAAGAAUUGCUGAUUUUGGCCUAGCAAAGAUUGUUCAGUGCAACGCAAGCAAAGACUCCACUCAUGUUAUUGCAGGAACACAUGGUUAUAUUGCACCUGAAUAUGGUUACACACAAAAAGUUGACGAAAAAAGCGAUGUCUACAGCUUUGGAGUUGUUCUGAUGGAGUUGAUCACUGGAAAAAGGCCGAUUGAGCCGGAGUUUGGUGAGAAUAAGGACAUAGUUAGCUGGAUAAGCUGCAAAUUAAAGAGUAAAGAAACUGUCUUAAGCAUCAUUGACUCAGCCAUCUUAGAAGGCUACAAGGAAGAGGCUAUUAAGGUGUUGAAAAUAGCCAUUCUUUGCACAGCCAGACAACCAACUCAAAGGCCUACAAUGAGGACUGUAGUUCAAAUGUUGGAAGCUGCUGAACCUUGUAAACUUGUUGGGAUCAUUAUCAACAAAGAGGACAGUUAUAUGAAGAAGGACUUAAAAGGAAAUGACAAGUUGCAGAAAUGACCCUUUUGGCUGAGCUAAUCUUUUGUUCCAAGAACAAUCUUUAGAUUAGAAAGGUUGCUGAAGAAGCAAUGUAAUGAGUUUUGUACUACUAAGCCUUGUACCAUAGUGACCAUAAGCCUUGUAAGAAUAGCAUUAUAUUCUUUUUGUCCAC